GUCCCCACUUUUGAAAAUAACGAAGGCGAUACUUUUCUUACCGAACCUAAUGCAAUUGCAUAUUAUGUUGCUAGUCAAAAGGAAGGUACUCAAUUAUUAGGCAAGGAUAAAAAAGAAACAGCAAAAAUUAUAAAUUGGGCUUUUUUUGCCGAGAAUGAAGUUGCUCCACAUGUCAAUACUUGGAUCAAUCCUAUUCUGGGAAUCACUCAAUUUAACAAAGCUGCUCAUAGUUUAGCUGUUAGUAGUCUUAAAAAUACGCUUAGUAAUUUAGAUAAAAUUUUAUUGAAUCAAACUUAUUUAGUUGGAGAUCGAAUCACAUUGGCAGAUAUUUCAGUUUCCACUGCACUUUAUUUGCCAUUUAAACUUGUAUUGGAUGCAGAAUUUCGUAAAGCUCAUAAGAAUCUUAGCAGAUGGUAUAUAACACUUAUUAAUCAACCAUCUUUUAAGAAAGUUUUAGGAGAUGUAACCUUAGCAGAUGUUGCAGCAGUCUAUACUCAAAUACCAGAAGAAGUAUCUGAUGCUGCAGAUUUUGAAAGUUACAUAUUUAAAAAAAUCGAUCCUUCAGAUUCUAAAGCCAAGGAAAACUUUGAAGCUUUUAUUGCUUGGGAUGAUGUUUUGGAUGGUAAGAAGUUUGCAGAUGGCAAGGUCUUUAAAUAA